ACAGGAAGACGAAGAAUGUUAUGUGGCGUCAGUCAUCGAUGCUCAUUCGGAGUCUGUGAUGUUUUGUGAUUCAUAAUGCGUGAAGGACUCGUGUCCCCAUAAGGACAGGGACCCGGGUUAGAGACGGGCUGGACACCGGUGAAGACACCCGUGGAGCUGGAGAGGACUCAGAUUGAGCCAUGUUAGCCAUCAGGUCGUCAGAGGAGGAGUCCACGGAGAUGGAGGAGAUGGACACCUCUGAUCCCAACUGGUGCUGGUUCUACCUGGCUGAGUGUGGAGUUUGGCACAUGUUUGAGAUUGAUCCCAGUGCAGCCUGCUCUGUGACUAGUGCUCAGAUUGAGCAGUGCUACAGCAGAAACCAACGAGGUGUCAUGGAGUUCUACACAGCCAAGUACACCUACAGACUGGACUUCUCAGUGAUGCGACAGAUAAAUGUAACAACAGGGAAGCAGCGGCCAAUCAAACGCUCCCUCCACUCCGCAACUGGCUUCAGGUUUAUAUGUGAUAAUCUUGCUUUGCCUGUUCCGUGUCAUUGGGAGAGAAUAAAUACUGAUGAGCCCUACCAGCUUAUCCAGCUCGGGAGAGACACCUAUGAGUUUAAAGAAGUUGCCAGACUGUAUGAAAGGACCAUGGAUCAUCCAAUCAAAUCCAUCCAGAGGAUUCAGAACCUCGACCUUUGGGAAUUCUUCUGCAGGAAGAAAACACAGUUGCGAAAAGUCAAGCGCACAUUGGAUAUUGAGGAGCGAAUGCUGUUUCACGGCACAGGACACAGCAACAUACAAGCUAUAUGUACAUUUAACUUUGACUGGCGGCUGACAGGAAGCCAUGGCGAUGUCUAUGGCAAAGGAAGCUACUUUGCCCGGGAUGCCAAAUAUUCCAGUAAAUUCUGUCACACCACAGGGAAGCACAACACCACUCUGCAGAGACACGGACUCGCCCCACCAAUAUUUGCGACUGAGCCGCCCUACAAGACCAUGUUCCUGGCCAGAGUGAUUGUUGGCGAAUACACGGUCGGUCAUCCCAUGUACUGCAGACCGCCGUCUAAGGAUGCCAGCUUCACCAACUUUUAUGACAGUUGUGUGGACGAUAUGGCCAAUCCAAAGAUUUACGUCAUUUUUGACAGCAAUCAGAUUUACCCAGAGUAUCUGGUUGAGUUCUACUGAAGACUAAAAAAGAAGACUUUUUUUUUUUU